UCCAUUGCUCACUCAACCAAAUCAUCACUCCAAAAACCAAAGCUUUCAACUUUGUAGAGAGAGAAGGCCAAAACCAGAGUUCUAGAGAGAGAGAGAGAGAGAGAGAGAGAAAACAGAGAAAUGGAAGGGAAAGAAGAAGAUGUGAAGCUGGGAGCCAACAAAUUCUCAGAGAGGCAGCCCAUAGGGACAUCUGCACAGACAGACAAGGACUACAAGGAGCCACCACCAGCACCUCUGUUUGAGCCUGGUGAGCUCAAGUCCUGGUCUUUUUGGAGGGCUGGAAUUGCUGAGUUCAUUGCCACCUUCUUGUUCCUCUACAUCACUGUCUUGACUGUCAUGGGUGUUUCUAGAUCUCCCAGCAAGUGUACUACUGUGGGUAUUCAGGGAAUUGCUUGGGCCUUUGGUGGUAGCAUCUUUGCCCUUGUUUACUGCACUGCUGGUAUCUCAGGUGGUCACAUAAACCCAGCUGUGACAUUUGGUCUCUUCCUAGCAAGGAAGCUCUCCCUGACCAGAGCUGUAUUCUAUAUAGUCAUGCAAACCCUAGGGGCAAUUGCUGGUGCUGGGGUGGUGAAGGGGUUCCAAAAGAACCAGUAUGAGUUGCGGGGAGGUGGAGCUAAUGUGGUGAACCAUGGCUAUACCAAGGGUGACGGCCUUGGUGCUGAGAUUGUUGGCACUUUCGUUCUUGUGUACACUGUUUUCUCUGCCACUGAUGCCAAGAGAAAUGCUAGAGACUCUCAUGUCCCUAUCUUGGCUCCACUUCCCAUCGGGUUUGCAGUGUUCUUGGUGCACUUGGCAACCAUCCCCAUCACCGGAACCGGCAUCAACCCUGCUAGGAGCCUUGGGGCUGCCAUCAUCUACAACAAGGACCAUGCAUGGAAUGAUCAUUGGAUCUUCUGGGUGGGACCAUUCAUUGGAGCUGCACUUGCUGCACUCUACCAUCAGAUAGUCAUCAGAGCCAUCCCAUUCAAGACCAGGGAUUGAGAAGUUGUCUUGUGUCUCGCCGUUCAGCCUUGUGUCUUAUGCAGCAACGAUUAUAUUAUUGCUUUCACUAUGUUCAGAUGUGGAGAGUGGAAUAUUUGGGGUGUUAUUGUGCAUAAGUUAUUUGCCUUGUUACAUUAAUGGAGAGCUUUAUUUAAUUUAUACUUUC